ACACCGUCCGCCAACAUGAAGGCACUGCGGGCAGUUUCUGCCUCUGCUUUUACAGAAUAAGCAUUGUUAUUUUUACUGAAAUACUGAAUCCACUCACUGGAAAAAAGUAGAUGCGACACCGACUCAAUAUCUUGGUCCUGCAGAAUGUCCAAGAUCAGGCGGAAGGUAACAGUGGAGAAUUCAAAAACCAUAUCUGACAGCAGCAGCAGCAGCACCACCACGACCAGCAGCACCGGCAACCCUGCCGCCCCCUCUCGCCGGCCAAGCGUGUUCGAAAGACUCGGCCCCAGCACUGGGAGUAAUGCUGCUGACAGUCACUGUAGAAAUUGGUUGAAGACUGGUAAUUGCAGUUACGGCAACACUUGUCGCUACACACAUGGAACUCAGCCACGAGGCAAAGGAUUUAGCUUUAGCCGGUCAGCAGAGAGGCCCACAGGUGAUCUGCGGGAGAGGAUGAAGAAUAAAAGACAGGAUGUUGACCCAGAAAAUUUGAAGCGAGAUCCAGACGAGCCCAUAUCCCCCACAGCAAGACAGAGAGAUUCCUCCAGAGGCAGACACAGAGAGAAGGAGGAUAUAAAGAUCACGAAGGAGCGCACCCCAGCCAGUGAAGAAGAGCCCACAGAGUGGGAAACAAAUCGUGAAGACUCAGAUAUUGGUGACUACGACUACGAGUUAUCCCUAGAGAUGAAGCGCCAGAAGAUUCAACGUGAGCUGAUGAAGCUGGAGCAGGAAAAUCUGGAAAAGAGAGAGGAGAUCGUCAUCAAGAAGGACGAGACCUCCGCCAAAACACGAGCCACCGCCAUGCCCAAGGCCUCCCCUGAGCAGUUAAGCUCUAAAGAUUCCCCCUCAUCCAGGAAGUCCAGUGGCUCCCCAAAACACAAAAGUGCAACAAAAGGGCCAGGCUCUGGGAAGAAAGAGAAGAAGUUGUCGGUAUCCUCACCUGUGUCAGAACCUGCCAGGUCCUCAAAAGGAGGCCACAGCAAGAAGAAAGGACCCCGUACCCCGAGUCCUCCUCCCCCAGUCCCCCUGGAUCUCCCUGUGAUGGGGAAGAAACACAAGGGCAAGCACAAAAACAAGGAGAAGUCUGAGGAGAAGCUGAAAGAAGGGAAAGAUCGGGGACGAGAUACAGAGAAACACAAAGAGAAGAAGGAAAAACACAGGGACCGAUCAGACAGCUCCCACAAGGCCAAGCGUUCAGUGACAUCAGAGGAGCGUUCUGGUAGUGUGUCAUCUCCCUCCAGGGGUGCUUCACCCUCAGCUAGGAAGAAAUCCACCUCUCCCAAAGCUACGUCCCAUAAAGCUGCACUGACCUCUCCUUCUCGCAGGUCACCUUCUCUUCCACGACACCAGCGCACCCCCACUCCUCCCCACCACCGCUCCCCUUCCUCCCACUCUGGCUCCUCCGCCCAGCGUAAUUCUCCCUCCCCUCCUCGCCGCCGCCGCUCAUCCUCCCCCACCUACCACCGAAGCACAGCAGCAGCGGCCUCCGCCUCCUCACCUCCGAGCUCCCGCCGCUCCCGGUCACCCCCCGCCUCCCACGACACCUCCUCGCCCCACCGUCGUUCUGACAGGUCGAGCCCCGGCAGGCGCCACUCGAGGGGCCGCGAGAGGAGCCGCGAGAGGAGCCGCGGUGAGAGGGAGAGGAGUCCGCCCGCACAGGAGCGCAGACAUGAGCGCAGAGAUGAAAGCCGCAGCAAGCGAGAGAAGGACAGCGUCCGUGACGACCGGGACUAUGACUCUGAGCAGGUGUCAUCGCGGGACAGUCGUGACGACAGGGACAGCAGAGACGCCCGAGAUCGACGGGACGGUCGUGAUAGAGGAAGGGAAACGACUCGGGAGUCUCGCGACCACCGAGACAGCAGGGACGCAAAGGACUCCAGAGACAGCAGGACGGAGACCCGCUCGAGCCGAGAGUCCCUGGAGCGGCGUGACCGCGAGCGGGAACGAGAGAGGGAACGGGAGAAGGAAAGAGAGAAAGACAAAGAGCGAGAAAAGGAGAGGGAAAGGGACAGGACUGAGACACACAGGAAGGAGGAACCCAACCAGGACGACAGGAGUUACGGAAGAGGUUACGGACGUGAAGAUGGAGGGAGAGCAGAAGGAAGGACGGACAACAGGACAGACAGGCCUGAGAGGAACGGACGAGGGAGAGGGCGUGCCAACGAAAUACCAGAUAAAGGCUCCAACAGGAACUCCCGAGGUUCCCAGCUUGAAAGCAGCCACGACAACUGGGAGUCGCGAAGCAGUGCGGUGCGUGAACGGAGCGCAGAGAGGAGCACGGACCGCGCCGCUACCGAAAGAAGCUCUGAGAGGGGUUCGGACCGAGACCGCUACGAGGGCGACCGAAGAGGAGAGCCGGCCCGGGACUCCUCCUAUGACAGGAGAGGAGGGCAUGGUGAACGGGAUCGCAGAGAAAACCGAGAGAGAGAUCAAAGAGCAGCUUCUCCAAAUAGACACCAGGGCAGAUCAGAGGAGCCCGAGAGGGAGGAGAGGAGGGACGAGCGCCGGGGAGACAGGGCGGAGGAGAGACGGGACGACAGGACCCGCGACCGGGAGCGCGAGAGAGAAAGGGAGCGGGACAGGGAGCGAGAAAGGGAGAAAGAGCGAGACAGGGAGCGCGAGAGGGAGAAGGAAAAGGAGCGAGAGAAGGAGAGGGAGGCCGAGAGGGAGCGCGCCAGGGAAAGAGAGCGGGAGCGGGAACGAGACAGGGAGAGAGAGAGGGACAGGGAGAGAGACCGGGAGAGGGAAAGGGAGCGCGAGGAGCGGGAGAGAGAGAGGGAAGAACGGGAAAGGGAGAGGGAGAGGAAGGAGCGCGAACGGGAGAGGGAGAGAGAGAGGGAGCAGCGGGAGCGGGAAAGGCAGCGGGAGUGGGAGGAACGAGAGAGGGGGAGGGAGGAGAGGCGGGAUAGGAGAGAGGACACCAGGGACGACCGCCCUGUCCGAGAAACCCGAGACGAUCGCAAGACGAGCCGUAAGAGGCACAGAGUGGAGAGCAGCCCGAGCCCCACCCGACCCUCGCCUAAGAGAAGACCCGGCGACGUCAGUCCGGCCGACAGCGACGGCUACAACAGCGCAGAAGAGAAAAGUGAGCGCCCGAUUGGCCGAGGGCCGGCCAAGCUCCACCCACAGCCCCUCCUCCCCAGCCCAGUGUGUCCGCCUCCAUCUGACAGUGCAGAUAAGCAUCGUCUGCUAAGUCAGGUGGUGCGGCCCCAGGAGCCCUUGUUGCGUUCCCCACCGAGGGCCGCUCCAUCUGAGGAGAAGGCCAGCCACUGGAAGGAUGAGGAGCGCAGAGCAGCUGUGGACAAAAGGGAAGCCCGCACCCGCCACGAGGACCUGGAGCCUCGAGGGGAGCGAGCUAGAGGAGGCGAGAGACGAGCAGAGCACAUUCCUGACAUCCCGCCUGACACCCGUGCACGAGUCAGAGACCAGCGAGAAUCCACGCCGCCUCCCGCUCCUACAACAGCGGCCAUUGGCAGCGAAGACAGAGACACUGCUGGCUCCCAGUCUCACGAGGAGGGCAAAAAGAAGACAAAGUCACAGAGGAAGGGUUUGAAGAAAGGGCGCAAAGAUGAGGAGAUUGGUGCUGCCAACACUCUGGCUAGUGCAGGGGACCGUUUCAACCCCGAGCCACCAAUCAGUGUUGCAGUAGAUGUGCCUCCACCCUUACACUCCCCCAGGAAAGGAGCCAAGAAGAAGGCGCUUGAACGAAAGAGGAAACGAUCUCGAGGAGAAUCUGAUGUGUCUGAGGAGGAAUCUUCAGCCCAUCAGCCACACAGUAAGAAGAAGAGAGGUCCCCGGACGCCACCCCCCUCAAUGAGGCCGGAUCACCGGGGUCCUGCAGGCAACGCAGAGCCGUCUCCACUCUCCAAAAUUGACAACUUCAGCGACUGGUCAGAUGAGGAGGUCACAGACCGAGGAGUAACGCUGGAACCAGCAGCUCCCCUGGCUCCUGCUGAGAGGGCUCCAGCUGAGCCUCUGAGGAGGGGUAGUGGCCCCAGGGUGGUCAGGGAGAGGUGCAACCCCCCACCCAUUGCCCCACUGCUCCCCCAGGAUCCUCCAAUGCUGCUUCAGACUCUGACUCCACAGCCCCUCAUGUCCCAGCCGCUGCUCCGCAAACCUCCCCCAGAGCAGGCACGCAGCAGCAGCAUGGGUAGCAACCAGAGCCGCACAUCAUCCAGGCGCCUGCGCUCGCCCUCCAACGAGUCAGCCCACCGGGAUGACCCCCAGGGUCAACGAUCUCGCCGGGGCCGACUUCAGGGCACCAACUCGCGUGACCGGGAAAGAGAGAGAGAGCGGGAGAGAGAAAGGCCGGUGGUGUCUGAACCUCCAGGGGCUGAGAGGAAGUCUCGAAUCGACCAGUUGAGGAGAGGAGAGCCCAGCCGCAGCACCUCAUCAGACCGGCAGGAUUCCCGCAGCCACAGCUCCAGACGCAGCUCACCUGACUCUGAGAGGCAAGCCAGGUCCCAGUCCCGCGCCGGCUCCUACGACAGUCGAGAGCGGGAGAGAGACAGGGAGCAGUUCGAGCGGGAACGGGACCGAAAGGACCUGCGGCCUCCGCAGCAGCAACAACAGCAGCAGCAGCAACCCCUGCUCCUCCAACAGCCGCUUCCACAACAGAGAGACUGGGAACCUGAACCUAGAGAAUGGCCUAGCAGGGGACGGGAGCCUCUGCUCAUGCGUCCUGGCCGUGAACCUCUCCUAAGAGAGCGGGAUAUCAGGGACAGGGAACGCUUACUUCCCGAAGGACUCAUCCAGCAGCACGAACGGGAGCGAGAGAGGGAGCGGGAGAGAGAGAGCAGGGGUGAAAGAGGCGGCGAUCGAGAGAGGGAGAGGAUGAUGAUGAUGGACCUACCACCCCAUGGGGACUCCAGGGCUCCAGGACGUGGGGACCUUAGGGGUGACAUGAGAGGAGACAUGAUGAGGCAAGACAGGAGUGACUAUGAGCCCCUGCUGCCAAGAGAGGCCUUCAGCCCUCCAGAGACUGAGAAACCGAGCAACAGUCACCACCUCAUGGGAGAACUGGAGAAGACCGACAGCAUCGACGGAGAGGAUGAUGUGAAAGAAGACGAUGGACAGUCAGUGGCAUCAGUUGGGGAGGAGUAUGAGCCAAUCAGUGAUGAUGAGCUGGAUGAGAUCCUGGCCGAUAGCCAAAAGAAAGAGGAUCAACAGGAUGACGAGAAAACUACAGGUCCUCUGGAUGUGAUUGAUGUUGAUUGGUCCAGCCUGAUGCCCAAAAAGAAGCAGGAGCCCCGGGCAGCAGGGGCAGCGUUGCUCCGGUUCACCCCUGGGGCUGUGCUCCUCAGGGCAGGCAUCUCUAAACGACUUGCUGGACCUGCGCUCCUGGAGCAAGUCAAAGAGGUGUGCAAAUCUGAGCUGGACGACCCCAAAGAUGCUGACAAGCUGUUCGAGCAUGACCUGGGAGCCUUGAAUAUGGCGGCCCUGAACAGACGGGUGGAGAGGGCAGGUUUACUGACCAACUUGGGGCCCUGCUGCAAGGCUCUGUGCGCUCGCAGGGACUUUGCAAUCCGCCGGCAGCUGUUAAAAAAUGACAAGGGCCUGACUAAGCAGUACCCCACUACACCUGUGGUAGACAAUGAGCUGCUGCAGAUGAGCAUGCGUCUCUUUAGAAGGACCAUGUCUGGCCAGGCUCCAGCCCCAGAAAGAUGCGAUGGUGGGUCAGCACCAGCAGCGGCCGACGUUGCUGCAGCUGGCAGUAGUAAACUCAGCACAGCACAGCCUGAGGUGUGUGUGUCCUGAGAGAAAAUGGGUUUAUUGGGUCAAACGCAUGAAAGUAAAAGCGUCUAAGCCUUUACUUCUUCUAGCCCCUAACUCUCCCUGACUCUGUCCCACUUCAUUAAAUACAUAACAUUUUUAGUCAUGAGAGGAAAAUAAAGAAACACAGCAAAAAUGUGAGUCUCAGUUAUGCCUGACAUGUUUUGGAUGAUCUGCAAGCGCUGUGCCAUAGACUACUGGACAUUUUAGCCUAUGGAGGUGUGUAAUGAACCUUGUAUGAGAAACGUAAAACACACCUAAAAAAAAAAAAAAAAAAAGUCAACUUUUGUUUUUGUGCAUUACAAUGUUUUAGAGCGGCUUUUUAAUUGUCAGUUUCACCUGUCUAACCAAGUUAAAAUGACUGUUUUGUUUUUGUAUAUUGUGCAUUGGUUACUACAACUGUGCAUUAAAAUGGUUAGAUGUUGAUUUUUUGUAACGGGUCUUUUGCUUUGUAUGAAGUGACUGUUCAGCCUUUUAAAAAUAAUGUGACUCUU